AUGGAAGCUGAAGCCGUCAAUGAGCUGGCCAAGAAACAGACUGCCUCUUCGCCUUCCCUUCCUCCUCGUGGAGCGAAGGCAAAAGCCCUUCUCAACAAAGUAUGGACUUCUGACGCACCUGCUCCAAGGAACAAGGCGGGCAAAAAGCGGGCCCUUCCGGACGAAGUCACCGAGGCUGCAACCACUGUGACUCUGACGCCGUCCACUCGGAGUCGACCGAAACCCCGACACAGGAUGGCGGUGAAUGGCCGCGAUGAGUCUGCCAAAACCAAGGAGGGCUUAAGCUCGAAUGCGGACGCUUUGUCUCAGAAGGGCACCAAAGGAGGCCGGUCCCGUGGCGCUGCGAAAUCUGCCGACGGGGACUCGGAGACCACAACCCGACCUGCUGAGCCGCCUUCCAAGCGUCAGAAGCUAUCUGUUCGUCAUCGUGCCGCUGACCGUAAACCCGAAGCCGAAAAAGUCUCUGAAGACUGUCCCAAGGCGUCAUCUGGAAGCGAGGAGGACCAAUCAGUGUCGUCUGAAGAUGACAUUGGUGUCAACAAUGACUGGGCCGAACUCACAGCAGAGAAAGCUGCUUGGUCUGAUGACGACCAUGAUGCUGAUGUUCAAAGCUCUGGCGAUAAGGGGAAAGGUCGACAGACCUACAUCACUUUGGAUGACCUCGAAGAGUCGUCUAUAUCAGGCUCCGAGUUCCGGCCGGAAGACUCAGUCGACCACGAGUCGUCUGCUGAGAGUUCUGAGGUCCAAGUCUUCGAUCCAGACUCUGAUUUUGAGGCUUUCGACCCAGAUGCGUGGAUGACUGAUGAAGAGUACACCCAUGAGAAGAUGGUGGCGAACUUGGCCAAGGACGAGGAGAGGCGGAAGGCGGAGAUUGUCCGUCGUCGUAAGGCGGAGAAGGAAAAGGAGUGCAUCCGUCACGAGAAGGCGAGAAAGGAGGAUGAGGAACCUCUUUGGCUUGAUGUUCCUCCCAAAAGGUCGUCUUCAUCUCAAGCUGCCAAAGCAUCCAACAAACUCCGGACUGCGUCUGCCUCUACCCCGGCUUUGGGUCCCCAAAUGGCUCAAUCUCCUGCUACAAAGCCCUCCGGAUCCCGUAGCGCUCCGAUACUCUCUACCAUCUCGACCAACUACUCAUCGGAAGACGACGACGAGGAAGACGACGAGGACAUCAUUGUGGAGGCUCUAGGUCUAGUACCCUCCGACCUGCCGCCCAUGACGUAUGCAGUUGUGCCCUCCGCGAACCCAGGUGGAGUACUCUCCCUCACAUCUCAGCACAUUCACGUCCGCGACACCCUUCGUGUUGCUUUCGAGUUGGUCAGGGAGCACGUUCUUUCGGAGAAUGCAUUCCCAGACACAGUUGGUCGCCAUCAGUUCGUCACUGCUUCUAUCCUGCGUGCGGCUCAAACCAGAGGGUACAAUGGCCUGGCUGGAUGGUUUACGUCGAACCCAGACGAACUCAGAGCGCUGGCUCCUAUAGUCAACCAGCGCAUCUGUUCCAUUCGGAACGACCUCAAAAAGGCAUCCGAUAACCUGGUGGUUGGUUUCUUCAAGAUCGUUUCUGGUGAUGAGACGAAGCAGCUCAUCAAGUGGCUCCUGCAACACCUCAACUACUCCUACCCCGUUGAGCCAAUGCAAGCUACUGUGCCCCGAAACAAACCUUACCAGCAUCCAAGCAUCUCGGCGAUCCUAGCCACGGUGUUCUUCAAGGGCCGGAAGCCACACGCCAAGAAGCACGCCUCUAUCUUCAAGUCCACCUCCCCCGAUCGUCCCGAGGAGAAGGAGAUCCCGAUGACGAUGGUUGCCCUUGUUAGCACUGCGAUACACUCCUCGCUCAUGGAUUGGAGUCAAGGGACUCACCAGCCGACGUACUUUACAGCAGACAAGUACCUCGACGCCUACAACGAGCACGUUUUCAACCUUGAGCAAAUCAAGGCCCGGAACCCACGCGGCUACCAUAAGACGAUGCAUGGGCUUUAUGUCGCUGCAGGCGGCAGUAUUCCUCCUCGCCCGGCUGAUAUGAGUGCCAACAUCGCCAUGGUCGACUACGACAACAUGGAUGUAGACUAG